AAGGGAGCGGAGAGAGCGGGUAGGAGUGCAGAGCUGUGAGGUCGCACUGGGCAUCACCCGAGCGCCCUGAGGAGACAGAACACAGAAGAGCUCUAGGCGCGCAGUGCCCAGGCCACCCCGGAGCAGAGGGCGCCCCCGGAGCCUUGGCAGGUCAUCACCUGUAAAAUGGGUCUCCUGCUCCAGUUGUCCCACACAACCCACAUCUAGAAGUUGUGAAGUCCUGGUAUGGGAGCCCAGGUCUGGGCCCUUCAGCAUCUGAAGUCAAUACUAAAACUCCGGAUGUAUCCAGAUGCAUCCUGUAGAAGCCUGGCAGCCGAGGAGCCUUAGAACUUCCACAAGGGGAUUCUUAAAGAUGUUGCAGAGCCAGCAGAGUUUGUGUAUUGUCUGAUCAUACCCCAGUUCUUCCGCUACCUCAAUUUUUGUUGCUAUGGAGACUUCUAAUGGGACCGAGACCUGGUACAAGAGCCUGCACGCUGUGCUGAAGGCUCUGAACACCACCCUCCAUAGUCAUUUGCUGUGCCGACCAGGAGCAGGGUCAGGAACAGGGCUGGACAAUCAGACUGAGGAGCUGCGAUCUAGCCUCCCUGGCCGUAAUGACAACUCCUACAUGUAUAUUCUCUUCGUCAUGUUCCUGUUUGCUAUCACUGUGGGCAGCCUCAUCCUGGGAUACACCCGUUCACGCAAAGUGGACAAGCGUAGUGACCCCUAUCAUGUGUACAUCAAAAACCGUGUGUCUAUGAUCUGAUGUGAGGUGCCUGAGGACGAUGAAAGGUCAGAACACCCGAGGAGGACUGUCUUCUUGGGCCUUCAGAACAUAUCUAUGGACCACAUCAGUGUGUCUAUAUAAGAUCAACAAGACAUUGGUAAGAGAGGUCAUCACUGGGGCUAGAGAAGAGGGGCUGGCAGGCCUAGGCCUUGUGGAUAAGACAUUUUCCAAACAAAGAUAGAUAUUGUAAACUGGGAGCCCAUGAACAAAUAUAUAGAAUUAUGAACUAUAACAACCAGUGACCAGAAGAGGAAACUGUAGCAGAGGGAAAUGAAACAGGAAGAUGCUCAGGGGACACAUAUUUUUAAAUGUAUAAGCUUCAACAUAAGAAGCUAAGAUAAAAUCUGAAUAAUAUUGCUUAUUUGUACUAAUUUACCUUUUGUUUUUAAAAUGCAUUUAAUGUUUGUAAUUUUCACCUUACCUGCCAAGAUAGCAGAGCAAGUGCCAUGACUGGAACCCAGAACUCUGGUCUCUUUGUCCAGGACUUUUCAUAUGGGGUAGGAUCCAAGAACAUGAGGUUAAGAAUGGUGGUGUACCCUGCAAUCCCAGCAUUCAGGAAGCUGAGGGGAAGGAUCAUUUGAACUCAGGAGUCUAAGACCAGCCUGAGCUACACAACAAGCCUCAUCUUAGGGGGAAAAUAAUUCAGAAUAUUUUACUUUCAUAAAUAUUAUCAAAAACCUAUCACGGUUGCUAGGGUACUUCCUAGGACCUUGAGACAGAGACUGUGAAAGUGUAUGGUCCUGAAUGCUACACCUCAUUAGCAACAUGGUCCAUGUGCAUCUUGAGCCAUGUCACUGUGCCUUUCCCAGCCAUGUUUCCAGUAAUGGGGACUUUACUACCUCUGAUGUGGCUUCCUCUACUCUGACUGAACUCUGUGAGAAAUUUUCAAACAACAAGUUGAGAUUUGCUUCUAGAAGGUUGUGAUUACACCUAGGAAAUUACCACAUUAAAAGAUGCAGUAUGUGAAAGGCUUGGUUCAAUGGGAGAACCAGCCAGCAUCUUGCUUCUAAUAUGGUAUAUGACUUUAGCUGGAUACUUCUCCUGUCCCUUUUAGUAUAAUGAAAUAGUAAGACUUGAAAGUUUAAAUGGUUUAUCAGUUCUGAUCUUUCAGGAUUUACAUACAUUAUGCUGAAGCAUGUAAAAUUGCUAUUUAUAGAUCAAAACUAGCUGAAUAUCAGUGGUUUCACAUGGUUCAACCUAAUUCAUACAUUAGGGUGAGAUAAUUCUUUACCAGCUAUUUGCUCCAAAUCCAAGGAAUGGAACCACUCACUAUUCUAUUUGUCUGAUUUCAGUCUGAGGAAUCUCUCUGUGGUUUCCAGAAGACCUCCACUGAAACAUACAUAUCUGUAUCCAGCAAAACUCUGAAAGAAUAUUUUGAUAGCAGCUAUCUCAGUGGCAUAGGGUUAUAAGUGAUUUUCCCUUUCCACUUCAUCAAAACCUAUCACAGUUUAUUUGACUCAUAUGACUCAAAGUAUGACACUUGCACUCUAAAGGUUGGGGGGGGCUGCUUCCACUUUGAAAAAAUAAGAAUAGAUUGUUCUUAGUUAAGAGCACUUGGCUCUUGCAGAAGGCCUGAGUUCAGUCCCCAUAACCAACACAGCAG